AUGAUGGCUUAUCAGUCGGUUCGGACUGGUGGACAACCGACUAGAAGGGAUCGGAUGUUACAGCCGUCGGUAGGGAAGCAAGUGCGGCGUCGUGGUGGCGGCGGCCUGGAACGACUACAGCGUCAAGCGAAUUUUGAUAAUGGCAUGGAAAUACCCAGUGAAUUUUUGGAUGAACCACCGAUGUCUUUUUCAUCUCUACGCGAUACUCUUCCAGGCACCAGAGGCAUUGAUGUUCGAGCGAGGAAUUUGAAGGAAUUCCCUCGAACCGUAAAAAGUUGGCGGAAGAAGUCCAUUUUGGAUGUUAGUCCCAGAAUUUGA